AUGGAACCGGUUGAUUUCUAUGGUGGGUCUGAUCCUAUGGUUGCAGAAGAAUGGGUUAAAUCUCUAGAUGUCAUCUUUGACUACAUGCGUAUCGAAGAUUCCGAGAAAGUACUUUGUGCCAUUUUCCUAUUGAAGAAAGAAGCUAGAACUUGGUGGGAGGGUACAAAACUUGCAGUGGAUAUGGAGAAGUUGACAUGGGAGGCAUUCAAAACAAUCUUUUAUGACAAGUAUUUCACGAGGGAUGUCCGGUCACUCAAAGUUAAAGAGUUCUUAGAAUUGAAGCAGAAUGAAAUGUCCGUAUGUGACUACGUGCGAAAAUUCGAGGAAGGUUGCAAGUAUGUACCUUACAUAGCCAAAGAUGACAAAGAAAAGAUGGAUCACUUCAUGAGAGGCCUCAACCCAGUUAUUAGAAAAGAUGUAAGGAUCUCUUCUCCAAACGAGUUUCGACAAGUGGUGGACAACGCAUUGAUGGCUGACUUUGAAGAGAAGGAAAUUCAGAAAUUUCAUCAACAGAAGAGGCAAACUUUUACUCCAAGAACUCAAUCUCAAUGGAAGAAACCAGAGCAAAAACCAGGCCAAGUAAAUGAGAAGCGCCCUAGAGUUGUACAAAGUUCUACUACAGUUGAUAAGCCCAAGUGUGCCACAUGUGGGAAGAAUCAUUUUGGAGAAUGCUAUAGCGGUUUAAAUCGUUGCUUCAGGUGUAAGAAGCCAGGGCAUAUUGCAAGGGAUUGUCGCACCCCACCAGUCAAAGUUCAAGCGAGAGUGUAUGCAUUGACUAAAGAACAAGCUGAUGUAGAUGCAUCCGUUGUCUCAGAUUGGGGAUUGUACCAGAUACGUUGGAUGUGA